GUGAGGCCAUAUUUGUUGUUGGUGCCCACAGUCCUGAGGAGGCGGCUGCUGCAGCUGACCCUCACUAGGCCCUCUGACGUGUCUUGUGAGAGAUUCAUGAUUCCACGGCCUUGAAGUGAGGUCAUUUAGGGGCCAUGACCUUAGCAGGAGUUCCAACGGAAUCAAAAUAAUUUUUUUUUUUUUUUUUUUUUUUUUUUUUUUUUUUUUUAAAGAUUUGUGAAUGGGUCGGUGCCAAUGUGCAAGCAACUGAGCCUGGUGUUGUAUGUGAGGUGGCUAUGUAUGGCUGAAGCUCGAAGUGCUCUAUGUCUGAAGAUGGAGCACCAUACUUGGAAACAAAUAAUUUGGAGGACCUAUCCAGUCAUCUUCUGUAAUUUGUAUUUUAAUGUUAGGUGAAGUGAUAACUUAAUAUUUUUCAUAUGUGGUUACACAAGGUAGCUAGACAGUACUGGAACUUUGAUAGAUGCAAGAGAACAUGGAGAGUGAACAGAGCCUUCUGAUUGCCAGUGCUGUGGACAGCUAUGUGUGGGGUGAGAGAACCUGGGAAGGAUCUCCUACUGGCCACCUUACUUCUCACAGCAGCAGGAACUUGCCACUCAUAUGCCGUCCCUGGCGACUGUGGCACAGAGCUACACUGUGUUUUGCAGGCUCGAGGAAAACUUCUUGGCGCCGAUAUAUACUUGGUGCAGCGAUUAUCAUCAUUGUGGUGGUGAUUUAUUCACUUGGUGAAUCAUCUCAUCGCUCAUUGAUGAGCUUUGUUUUGUGUUCCAGCCUGGUACGUGGCCGCCCACCAGAGUCACUGUUUCGGUGCAACAACUUGGUCAACACUACUCUCCCUCAUCUUCGCAUUCCUCCAAAGACCAUUGAGAAUAGAUUGCGUGAAGACCCCAAGGUGUUAUUAUUUACAGAGACACAGUACUCAAAAACUGGGAAAGCCAUCACAAAUAUUCUUGUUGCAAAUAGAAUCAAGUACAAAAUGGAAGUUUUGGGCAAAUCUCUACCUGUACUCACAAAUCUGUCGAGAGGCAAAUAUGGUACAAUUAUAUUUGAAAACUUUGAACGUUACCUCCAAAUUGACCCUUGGAACCGGGAACUCUUGGACAAAUAUCUGCGUGAUUACAAUGUUGGAUUGAUAGGCUUUAUGCCAUCACAUGAAGACACUCAAGUUGGAGCUAAGCUAAGGGGCUUUCCACUUUAUGUACAUACUAAUAUGGCAUUAGAGAAUAUCAGCCUUAACAAUGAAAACCCAGUUCUACAGCUGACCAGAGCUGGGGGAACCAUUACAGACAACGUGCCAGGAACAGACUGGACUGUGUUCACACUAGAUGAUACCACCUAUGUGCCAUUAGAGUGGGGUUACUCGAGUGUUCCUCACUUUUCUGAAGAAAAGUUGAUCCCUGUCAUUCUUGACAAAGGGGAUUUUGAUGGAAUUUCUCGGGUUUUAUUUGGGAGCAACUUGGAGUUCUGGCUACACCGGCUGCUAUUCCUUGAUGCAGUAUCCUACCUCAGCAUGGGACGCAUCUCUGUAUCUCUGGACCGCUAUGUUCUAGUCGACAUAGAUGAUAUUUUUGUGGCUAAGAAAGGGAUACGUAUGACUGCAGAUGAUGUGAUGGCUCUUCUGGAAUCUCAAAAACGUCUUCAAGAGAUGGUGCCGGGUUGGAAAUUUAACCUGGGGUUCAGCGGCAAAUAUUACCAGAAUGGUUACCCUGAAGAAAAUGUUGGAGACAUGACACUAUUAGAACAUGUAGAUGAUUUCUGGUGGUUUGGUCACAUGUGGGGCCAUACUCAACCUCACUUACUCACCCAGAAAGACCUUGAGGAACAGAUGGAGCUGAACAAGCAGUUUGCUCAGAGCCACAACAUUCCAACUGAUUCGGGAUAUGGUGUUGCCCCUCAUCAUUCUGGUGUUUACCCUGUCCAUGAGCCAUUAUAUGAUACGUGGAAGAAAGUAUGGAAUGUGCGCGUGACGUCCUCGGAAGAAUAUCCCCACCUGUAUCCUGCUCGACUUCGGAGGGGUUUCAUUCACCGCAAUAUUAUGGUGCUACCAAGACAAACGUGCGGCUUAUUCACACACACAAUAUUUAUAGACAAGUACCCUGGAGGACGUGCCAUACUUGACUCCAGUAUCCAUGGCGGGGAGCUCUUCCAAACUAUUGUGUUCAGUCCAGUUAGCAUCUUCAUGACUCAUUUGAGUAACUAUGGGAAUGAUCGGCUGGCCCUCUAUACAUUCGAGUCUGUCAUCAAGUUUGUAAAAUGUUGGACAAACCUCAACAUGCGCACUGUGCCACCGCUUCAACUUGGAGAAAAAUAUUUCCAUCUCUUUCCAGAAGAGAGAGAUCCAAUUUGGGGGUAUCCUUGUGCAGACCAUCGACAUCUGGAGAUUUGGGCCAAGGAAAAGACCUGUGAGCAGCUGCCCAAGUUCUUGGUCAUUGGUCCACAGAAAACUGGAACAACUGCCCUCUACACCUUUCUUGCUAUGCAUCCAGCUAUUGUGGCCAACUACCCAUCUCCUGAAACUUUUGAAGAAGUUCAAUUCUUUAAUGGAAAGAAUUAUUAUAAAGGCAUUGAUUGGUAUAUGAAGUUCUUCCCAGUUCCAGCCAAUUCUUCCAGCAAGUUCUUGUUUGAGAAAAGCGCCACUUACUUUGAGGGAGAUACAGUGCCACAGAGGGUUAAAGCUCUUCUGCCUAAUGUGAAGUUGGUGGUAACGAUCAUUCCUCCAAGCAAACGAGCGUAUUCCUGGUAUCACCACAUGCGAGCACACAAUGAUCUCACAGCCCUACAGUAUGACUUUCAUGAGGUGAUCACAGCUACAGAGAAAAUGCCAAGACAACUCAGGAACUUGCGCAACAAAUGUUUAAUUCCUGGAAUGUAUGCAAAGCACAUAGAAAGAUGGCUUGACUUCUUCCCUGCCUCUCAAAUGACUAUCAUUGAUGGAGAAGAGCUUAGAAAUGAUCCCAUUUACAUCAUGAAUGAUCUUCAAAAGUUCCUCAAUAUUGAGCCAUUUUACAACUAUACUGAACACUUAAGGUAUGACAAAAGGAAAGGUUUCUUCUGUCAGGUGAUAGAAGAAGACAAGACUAAGUGUUUGGGCAGAGGAAAGGGUCGAGUGUACGCCCCUAUGAACGAGUCGGAUGCUAAGUUACUAAAGGAGUACUACCAACCAUACAACAUAGCUCUGGAGAAGCUUCUAACCCGGCUCGACUACCCAGUACCUGGCUGGCUGGAAGAUGAGUUGCAAUAGUUAGCACUAGAAGUAGGGGGCACCUAACUUGCCAGGCACAGUUAUGCUUAGCAAAUUCUAUUUAGUGUACAUCUUUUUGGAUGAUAUUCACCCAAGAAGGUGUAUGGUAGUUUCGUUAUUUAGUCAUUAACUCUCGUAAUGUUACGAGGGAUUUAAUGGCUUACAAGCAAAAGUCACUUAUUUAUUGCUAUAUUUUUAGUGUAGAUUAA